AUUCGACGAUCGUGUUAUCCGCGGCAAUCAUCCUUGUCGCCACGGCGAGUAAGACGGGUCUGACGGCCGGCGGGUGGGGGCUUACGGGGACGAUCGUGAGCAGUGCGGUUUUGUUUGUGGUUGGGAUGUGUAGCCUUGCGCUCGUUGGGAUAUGGCGGAACUUGAGGAAAGUCCGGAGCGGCGGGAAAGUGGAUCCGGCUGAGGCGGACCGUAUCAUGCUCACGGGCGGCGUUCUCGGUCGCUGCUUCAGACGUGUCUAUUCCUUCAUUGACGCAGCGUGGAAGAUGUAUUCGCUGGGGCUUCUCUUUGGCUUAGGCUUUGACACGGCCACCGAAGUCUCGCUACUGGCCGUGAGUGCAGCGAACACCAGCACUGGCAUGUCUAUCGGGUUGGUGAUGUUCUUGCCAGCAUUGUUCACGGCGGGGAUGACGCUUGUCGACACCGCCGACGGGAUCAUGAUGACAACGGUCUUCCUAUGGGCCACGAUCCACCCCGUCCAAAAGCUCUACUACAACUUUACGAUCACGCCCAUGUCUGUCGUAAUCGCAUUCGUCAUCUGUCUCAUCCAGGUCCUGGGGAUCUUCAGUAAGGAGUUCGGGUUAUACUCUGGGAUCCAUCAACGAGAGUUACGGAACCGUAGGAUACGCCGUUAUCGGGGCAUUCGCGUUUGUUAUGUUGGUCAGUGUGGUGAUCUUCAUGUAUUGCGGCUUUCGAAUCGUGAAUGACAGCGUAGGGCAACGGGAACACUGGGGGGAAGUAGAAGAGAUCCUCGAGUUUGGGAGAGUGGGUGACGCUGUAGCGAGGGGCGAUCACGUUGGGGAUGUGGAAGAGAUAGGCGUAGUAGUAGGAGAACCUGACGCCGCUGCGGAUACACCCAUGAGUAAUGAGAAAACUCUUGAUCAGUUUCGUCGGGACCAGAAUCACUCAUCAAAACAGUAAGUCCUGCGCUCAGUUCCCUAGUGGAUCGUGUGAUAUUGGCGUAGAGUGGUAUGCAUCGAUG